AUGAAACAUAGCACUCGUUACCAGCAACAAGUUUAUGAUGACACCACACAACAACAGAAAACUAAAAAGGCUAGAGAUGUAUUGAACAAUAAACUUGCCCCAGAUAUAUUUGGCGAAGCAGAUAUCAUAGUGUCAGAAGACAGAGAAAGCGUGCUUGCAGUAUCCGAUGGCGAUGAAUUUGAGCUUAGACCAGCUAUAGGCGACAUUUGCGUGUUGCUCGAUGGCGCAUCCACAGCUGACGACGUAGCGUUUUUCAUAGCUAACGUUGCUAGGUUUUUACUAGCGAUGGCUGCGAGCCUCUUUUAGUACAUGUAGCGAAGGUCAAAGGUUCUGACACGCUAUAUAGACUCGCGUCUGGCAAAGUGUGGAAGGAAAGAAUUGAAAGUUUAUUUUACCCAAUCGACAUUGCAUAUAACUACUCUGAACGUGCAUAUGAACUCCGAACUGGCGCAAAAGAUAUAUGUAACGCGGUUAAGGGAAUGUAG